UGAUCAAAGUUAGAUUUAUGUGACGUCAUUAUGGCCUGGUUGGGUUAGGUUUGCUUGGAAAUUUUUGUUAAAAAUCUCGUAUUUUGGUGUAUUAUAUGUUGAACAGCUUAUUUUAGAAUAGUAAUAUAAAUACCUCAUAGAUUAACGGUAAUCCUGGUGCCAAGGAGUAAUUGUGUCGGUGACAUUUUCUGGCGAAAAUGAAUCGCCAUGAAGGAGUCAGCUGUGAUUCUUGUUUGAAAAAUAACUUCAGAGGACGACGGUACAAAUGUUUAAUAUGCAUCGAUUACGACUUGUGCGCUGCCUGUUAUGAGAGUGGCGCUACCACAAACCAACACACAACAGAGCACCCUAUGCAAUGUAUUCUUUCCAGAAGUGACUUUGAUCUGUACUAUGGCGGCGAGGCCCUCGCCCUGGAGCAGCCGCAAGCCUACACGUGUCCGUUCUGCAACCGCAUGGGAUUCACAGAUACUGCACUCAUGGAGCACGUCACAGCCGAGCACGCAGAUACUACACUUGCCGUGGUUUGUCCAGUAUGCGCUUCAAUGCCGGGCGGAGAACCUAAUUUCGUGACAGAUGACUUUGCUGGUCAUCUCACCCUUGAACAUCGAACUGGCCCUAGAGAUCUCAUCUCAUUUUUAGACGAGCCGAGCGGCAUCCGGCACGGCGGCGUCCGGCGCAUGCCGCACGCAGGCCGCGGCGUCAGCCGCGCCAGGCGGACCAACAUGCACUUCAGCACCAGCGGCGGGUUGUCGUCGCUGUCGCCGUCGUCGCGCGACGCGGUGGUGGACCCCAUCGCGGAGCUGCUGUCGCAGCUGUCCGGCGUGCGGCGCGGCACCGGCCAGCCCGGCACGCCCAGCCAGCUGCAGCAGCUGCAGAUGCAACUGCAGCUCGAGCGACAACAGGCCACGGCGGCGCGGCAGCAGCUGGAGCGGCUGCCGCGCCGGCCCGCCGCCGCCGCCGCCGCGCCGCCGCCGCAGCCGCAGCCCGCCGCCGCGCCGCCGCCCGCCGCCGACCACUCCGACUCCCAGUACCUGCUCUCCGGCUUCCUAGGAGCGACGACGGGCGUGAUGGGCCCGGAGGCGGAGACGCGCGCGGCGCUGCUGCGGGGGCUGGUGCUGGCGUCGCUCGGGCCCCCCGCGCCGCGCCCGCCGCCGCCCGCCGCGCCCGCGCCCGCGCCGCCCGCGCCGCCGCAGCCGCAGCCCCAGCCGCAGCCGCAGCCCGCGCUGCCGCUGCCGCGCGCCAAGCCGCAGCCGCGCACCAAGGAGGCGGCGGCGCGCGCGCACCAGGUGGCGCGGCAGCUGCCGGAGGGCAGGUAGGAGCGCGGGGGCCGCGCGCCGGAGCCGCCGCCGCGCGUGCGGCGCGCGCGAGCGGCGCCGGCGGCGCCCCAGCGGCCCGCGCCCCCUGAGCCCCGCCCGAAGCCCGAGGCCGGCGUGGCGGCCCCGCGGCCGACGUCCGAGCCGCGCCCGAGGCCCGAGGCCGGCCGCCGGGCCCCGCGGCCGACGUCCGAGCCGCGCCCGAAGCCCGAGGCCGCGCCCGGAGCCGCCGCGCCCUGUACAGACGUCGGUAGAUGAAACUAUUUAAUGUUUAUUCGUUAGAUCGUACGGUAGUCUAUAUAAUAUUAUUUAUCCUCGCCGCGCGGCCCGCGGGUCGCGCGACGGUGUACAUAUGCGGCCGCGGCCGCCGCCGCCGCUCCGGUCAGACCGGGGCCGCGAUCGACUCGUUUCGUUGUUUUCGCUAACACUUAUUAGUGGAUGCUUAUGUUUGUUUUGUUGGCUUUCGAAAAAUCAGUGUGGUUUCCUUUGUCGUAGAGAGUAAAUAGCUAUGGAAUGUUUUAAUCGAUUUAAAUACAUAAUUAAAUUAUAAAUAAUUAUCGUCGGAUAGGCAGCGUUACGUUAUUAAUUUAACUCUUAAUGUUCAAGGGGAGCCGGUGGAGACUGAUAUUUUAACAAUUGUCGUCCAUAUUGAAACAGCAAGUGGUAGCAAUAUUGACAAUGACCAACAAAGUGUAGUGAUACUUAUUAGUUCAUAGUAAUUUUUUGCAGUUGAAAAUUUUUUUGUGUCGAAGUAGAAAUAUACAUAAAUAUUAAAAGAUGUGUACAUGACCACAUCCCGGUGGUUUGUUUAAUGAAAACUGGCUCCUCUACUAUUCUUGUAAAAAACAAAAGUCGAACUGGUAAAAAACUACUUACCCGCAAUUUUUUCACUAGCUACCCAAAAGAAUGUGCUUAUUAGUUUGAUUAUUAUACUCCAACAUUACAAAAUGUUUGUAUGUACCCUAAUUAAAUUCUAUAAUAUUAAAAA